AUGUUUAACAAUAUUCUUCAACGCAAAAAUUUUAGUAUUAGAAGAAAUGCCACUAAAAGAUGGAAACAUGCAGUUGCUGGCCAAGAGGGGAAUAAUGAAAAAGGAAAAAUUUCUAUAGGAGGAAGUCAAUCAAAAUCAAUUCAAGGACAAUCUUUAUCUGUUGUUAUUAGAAAUACUUCUGGCAUGAAUACUGAUUUACAAAAACAGGCUGUUGAAAUUACUAAUAUUGCUCUAGAUACUUGUAAUUUGGAAUCAGAAAUAGCUACAAAAAUAAAAGAACAAAUGGAUGAAUUUACAGGAAAAACUUGGCAUGUUAUUGUUGGAAGAAAUUUUGGGACACAUAUUACUUGGAAUAUGUACAUUUUAUUGCCGGAAAAAUACAUAUUUUAA